AUGGCGGAGCAACCACCAAUGAAGCGAUCCACAACCCUAAAUGACCUCCCAAACAACCUCCUCAUCCAUAUCCUGUCGUUCCUGCCGAUCCUCUCCGCCAUUGAAACUAGCUAUAUAUCUCGAAAAUGGCGGAAUUUGUGGCAUUCCCUUCCUUUCCUCCAUUUCGACGCCACCAAGUUCGACUGUAAUUACUCCUCCGUCCCUGAAUACCACCAACGCUUCGCCGAAUUCAUCACUCAGGCCCUCCUCAACCGCCCCACCACCAUCCCUCUUCGCGGUUUCCGAUUGACUUUCUAUUACUCUUUCAAUCACCGCCACAGAUCCUUGGUUUCUUCUUACAUCCGCUAUGCCCUUGAUUGCAAAGUCGAUGUUAUCGAUCUCGAUUUCGACGUCGUAGUUAAUAAUAAUAGUGAUGAUGACGACAACCAAAAAUAUGGAGAAAGCGGCUCCAAACCACUGUAUGGUUUCCAUUUGUGUGAUCUCAGAAACAGGUCUGUCAAGCGUUUGUCGUUAUGCCGCUGUGAACUUAUUAUACCUUCCAACGACCGGAUUCGACUUGAGUCUCUCCGGGAUUUAGAUCUCUGGAAGAGGAAGUUCAGGGUCAUCUCUGAAUCUCUUAGGUUCUUGCAUUUGAGAUUUUAUUUUGCUGUGACUGAUGAAGAAAUGGAAUCCUCCAUUGAGAUACGCACGCCAAACUUGGCCAAACUAAAAAUAUACCACUUUUAUGUGGCGCAUUAUACUGGGGACCUAUCCUCUGUGGUUGAGGCAGAUCUGUGGUUCACUGAGGACUUGGAUUAUUCUCAAAAGUGCUGGAGCAGUGCCAUGAACUUGUUAAGGGGUGUCAAGAAUCUCUCUGUUCAAAAUAAGUGGCUACGGUUUAUGCAUUCGAAGAUCAUGUCCAAUGAAUGCUUUGAACUUAAAAGUCUCAAACAUUUGGAGCUAUCCACUGGGUUUACCAACGGUGAUAUCUUGGGGUUAUCUUUAUUGCUCAAACAAUCCCCAGUUCUGGAGACCCUGGUGCUUGAUUACGCCUACCAGACAGAAGCAGAUGUUAGUGCACUGCUGUUCCCACAAUUUGUUAUUGACAUUAUGUGAAAUGCUUUACUUUACUCUAAUAUGCUUAAAAGGAAUUUGUUUUCAGGGAAGCUUCUUCGAGAAAUUUAACGCAUGUAAGUACUAUUUUGAAACUCCUAGUAGUCUCCAGGAGGUCACAUUGAAGGGAUUCAGUUAUACCAAAGCCGAAUGCUACCUUUUGGUCCUCUUUACAACCCAAGAGUUGCCUUUAAAGAAGGUUGUUUUGAUACCUGCAACUGUUGGGGAGGAAUCUAAGAGUGGACCUAUCAUUCUAGAUCCAACGUCAGACAACUGGACUUCGAUUCUCGCUUCAUUGGUGGCGACGAAAUUGAUGCUGAGGAGGGUUUGAAUGAAGUAUUGUUAUUGAUGCGUUCAUGUUUGACAUGCGGGUAUAGUCACAUAAAAUACUCCAAAUUUUGGAACCAAAAGAAAAAUGAUGUUGAAGUAUGACUGAGGAAGUCUAGUUUUUGCAUUAGUCAUGGAGUGAAAUCAGAUUGUAAUGGUCUACUGACUCAAAUCUCUGGUGUUGGCUCUUAUGAUUUCUCAUUGCUAUGCAGUACUACUAGGAAGCAGCAGCAAGUCGAUAAAAGUGAAUCUUUCCAUUUUGUUACUUUUAACUGCUGUACGUUCUCUUAUUAUUUCACUGCAAAGAAGAUUGGUGCAGUGCAAAAGUUAUUGGAUAUAAACUGUUGGAACGAAUUAAUACCCCAACAUGGAACGAAG